AAAUAUUCAUCUUUAUUGUUGAAUCUUUCAGCAAGGACUCUGGGCAACUUUUUAAAAUCUCAAUGUAUAUGUAAAUCUGAAUUUUCAAAGAAUAAUGAAGUGUACUAUGUUAUGACUGCAUUCACAUUUACUGUUUUUUUUUUUUUUUUUUUUUUUGCCAUUUCAUUCCUUAAAGGAAUAGUUCAGUGAAAAUUCAUGUAAUUUUCCCCUUAACGAAAUGUACGCGAUCAGCUUAGACAUGUUGAGUUUUGCACUUAAUCUGAAACAACCAACACCAAUGUCUUGGCUAACAAGUAAUCAAAGUCUCUCACCCAAAAUGUUUGUGUCAAACCACAUAUUCACACCAUAAUGUGACAGAUUUCUUUUAUGUGUGCAACAGUACAACAAACGAGAUUUUCUCAAUUCUACAAAUCCAAACAAUUGGCUUGAACAUUUCCUCCGACCAAUCCCAUGGCACGUGUGGUCCAGCGUUUCUUUAGUUCCCCACUCACAACUUUAGUUCCUAUAUGCAAUUAAUUCCUAUGUACUUUGACACCACAAAAUGGACAAAAAAAAGCUUAUAACCGUGUUUUCAUCUUAUCCUGUCAUAUAUGACCUUUCAUUAAAUGUAUAAAGAGAUAUUAUGAUAUAUACAAAGAAAUUUCUCCUUUUUACCAUUCUGCUACAUGUCCACGAACUACAAGCAACUACAAGUAACUUUUCACUUUCUAUUGUGAAAAUAGGAUUAAAUUAUAAAAUUAAGUCCAUUUUCGUAUCUUUGGCCCUCCAGGUCUCUACUUCCUAAAGAAAGUAAGCAGAAUUGUACUAAAAGCUGGAAGUUAUACAGAUGAUAAUAUAGCUUCAGUUCCUCAAAAUCAUAUUUAAAACAUAGAUGAAAUAAUUUAGCAAUGUUGUAUUAAUCAUAACUUGUUAAGGCACCAAAUUAUGGUGCUUUGGUUAAUGUGAAAUUGUUUUUUCACUCUUCUACUCCUUUAACUCAUUUAAUAAAAUGCUUCUCUAUAUAUUUAUGAAAAUGAUGAUUGGUUUCUUACAGAAUCAAUAGACCACGCUAAUGUCAGUGUUUGGUUUAGUGUGCAAUGUGAAUUGAAGACCACACGCCCUUCUAAUGCUGGAUUGUUGUGAUUUGUUACUUGGUGUUUCUCCUCAGUGUUCUUCUCUAGUGGUACAUUCUGUAGAAAUACACUUAUUAUAAUAAACUGGAUUAGACUAUAUUGAAAUUGCCAAUAAAAGCUCAAGUCAAAUCUCACAGCUGUAUCACUUUCUUUCUUUCUUUCUUUCUUUAAAAACCUUUGCAUAAGAAGAAUGCAGUCAUGGGAGUCUACACUGUACUUCAACUUUUAACAAAACUGUAAAGUAGACGGUAGAACUUUUUAAUUACGUGACAAUUUGAAGAUAUCUUUUUAAUGUGCAUUUGAGGACCAAAUGCUUCUGGAUUUUUCGGUUAGUAGUAGAUUCCCCACCCUAAACAAAAUGGCACAUCCCGGAAGUGGUCACUUUUUUUUUUUCUUUUUUGCCUCUAUGGCAACCGCGAGACGCAGGACGCAGCAGCAGCAGCAGAUAGAAUAAUGGCAGGAACGUCUCGGCAUGACCGGGAGAUGGCGAUAAACGCUAAAAAGCAGCUGAGUGAGUGCUCGGACCCGGUGGAGCGGCUGCGGCUGCAGUGUCUGGCCCGUGGAUCAGCAGGGAUUAAAGGCCUCAGCAGAGCUUUUCGGAUUAUGGAUGAUGACAACAGCCGAACACUGGACCUGAAGGAGUUCAUAAAGGGUCUGAAUGACUACGGGGUUCUGAUGGAGAAAGACGAGGCCAUUGCAGUGUUUCAGCAAUUUGACAAGGAUGGAAGUGGACAGAUUGAUUUUGAUGAGUUUCUCCUCACUCUCAGGCCACCGAUGUCCAAUGCGAGGAAGGAAGUGAUCAUGCAGGCGUUUAGAAAGCUGGACAAGACUGGUGAUGGUGUGAUCACCAUUGAUGAUCUGAGAGGAGUGUAUAAUGUGAAACAUCACCCCAAAUAUCAGAACGGGGAAUGGACUGAGGAGCAGAUCUUCCGCAAAUUCUUGGACAGUUUUGAUUCUCCUAAUGAUAAGGAUGGACAGGUCACGAAAGAGGAGUUUUUCAACUACUACAGUGGAGUGAGUGCGUCCAUCGACAGCGACGUCUACUUUAUUCUGAUGAUGAAGACGGCAUGGAGGCUAUGAGAGUUUUCUAGUCGUACUGUAUUUCCUUAAUUUAUAACGCCUUAAAAUUUCACUAUGCAUUUGACAUUUUUAUGACACACUGACUAUAUAGAAUAGCAAGUUGAUAUUUGUGAAUCAUGAAGAUUUUGACCUUUGAUUUCUAUUUCGAGCAUUCGUGUUUUUUGGUUCCCAAAUUAGCACACAUCCGUGAAGUUGGUUUCACACUGUUCACAGAAAAGCAGUGGGUGUAGAAACAAACAGGUCAAGCAAGUCAUACAAAGUUCAAACGUUUUCAAGAUUUUCCCAGUUCUCUCUGCAGAGAGCGAUGUCCACUCAUUCACACAUUCUUUUACACAUUCACAACUACUAGCAAUUUAGCAUUGCCAAUCUAUCUCCUGGAUUUUUUUUGUAGUGGAAGGAAACCAGAGAACCCAGAGGAAACCCAUGUGGUGAAGAACAUGGGGAGAACAUGUGAAGACAAUAACCUAGGCUCAGAACCAAACCAGGGAGCUGUGAGGCAGCAAUGCAACCCACUGUACCACCUUGCUGCCCUACAGCAUUUUUUUUUCAGAGUGCAGUGUGUACCGUAAGCAGUGUAAAACCAAAUGAAGGCUGCUCAGAAUUUACUCAUGCAUGUAUAUGAAUCCUGUCACCUUACAAUACACAGCAUUGUGACUGAAGGAGAACGCCACGCUCUUAAAUCUCAGCCCAGCCAGAUUAAGGACCAUAUUAUCAUUUCCUUCCAAACACACACCAAGUGAUUACGCUUCCUGGGACACAGUAUAUUUUCCAGUUAAAACUCAGACCUGAGUAAGAUGCCUAUAUGUUAUGAUGAUAUGUUUAACAACAUAACUGUGCAUGCUUAACAAUCAGUAUCCAGAAUAGAAAUAUCCAGUGCUGAUUCAAUGUCGAUAGAGGCGUGCUUGACAUUUGCUAGAACACAAAAAAUUACUGUAAAGCUGCAAUUUGUUAUUUUUAAAAGUACCCCUAAAUCAGGAACCAAUGGGAAUAUGUUGAGCAAAUAUGUCGAUCUGAAUAUGUUGCAAAAUCUCCAAAUACACGAUACAGCAGCUGAGAAAAUGCAUAGAGCGUAAGGGUGAACAUGCUGUGAAUAAUAAACACAACAUUAAGUAAAUGUACUUUUACUCUUAUUUGUACCUGAAUUUAUAAUAAUAUAAUAAUCAUCCUUAUAAAAUAACAAAAAAAUGUCAUAUAAUACAGCUCUCAAUUCUCAACAUUGUCACAUGCUGGACCAGGAUUGUUUCAGGCUUCAGCUGAAUUUUUUCUGGGCCAGAGUUUAGCUCCACCCCAGCCACAGUAAAGCCGCUCAGUUCAUCCUCUUUUUCUUAAAAGGCAACUCAGAAGACAUAUGUAGUUUCAAUAGAGAGGACAUCACCUUUAAAUCUUCCCCUUUAAAUCGUCUUAAUAAAUCGAAAUAAAUCGUAGGUUUUAGGAUAUCUUUUAAUAUCGGAUUCUGU